AGUAGAUAAGAAUAUAAGGUGGAGGAGACAGUGUGAGAUGUUUUAGAGGCAGCAUUCAGUCUAAGAAUUCUGACGGACAGGAUCGCCCCUUUGAUCUGAGGAUUCAGUAGAGAUUAUUGGCUGAACUCAACUUUUUACAAUUGGAGAAGAAAGGUACCGAUUUCCUGUCACCAAACAGGGAGCUGUGGCCUUUGAUCUAAAUCACUGAAGCCAUAAAAUUAAAGCAGACAUUUGAAGGUAUUCGCAGGGAUUAAGUGACUACUCAUUGCUGUCUUCCUGUCUGCAUGCAUAUCUACUUCUAGUCAUUACAGUCAUCAUGUCUCAACUUCAGAAGAAUCCAGAAUGCACAGCUGACCAAGGCCAGACCUGCGAGGAGACACAGGGCCUACAGGUUGCAGCAGUCCCCAGCAAUGUGGAGGAACCAUGCCCCUCCUCUCAAUCUCUGAUGGCUAGUAGUCUGAAGAGCCAGAACUAUGAGAAGGCCCAGAGCCUGCAGGUUUCAGCAAUCUCUGAUGAUAAAGAGGAACCAUGUCCUUCCUCUCAUCUAAUGGCUAGUAGUCUGAAGGAUCAGACCUGUGAGGAGACCCAGGGCCUAGAGGUUACACAGGUCUCCAGGGAUGUGAAGGGACCAUGUCCCUCAUCUCAUUCUCUGAUGGCUAGCCACCAGGAUGAUCCUGAAGAUGAGACACCUAGUACUUCUGGGGGUCUUCAGAGUCCCUGUGCCUCUUCAAGUGAAUCAAAUGAUAAUCUUAGUAACCAAGAAAAGCAGGGUUAUCCAGUCAAUCCACCAAGUCAAUCAGUCACCAGGGAUGCCCCUGUGAUGAAUAUUAAUAACAAGGUUGAUUUCUUGGUGAAUUACAUGCUGUACAAGUAUCAGACAAAAGAGAUAAUGAGCAUGACUGAUAUAUUGACACUCAUUGUCAAAGAAGAUGAAGGUCAUUUUCAAGAAAUCCUCACGAAAGCUGCUCAACGCAUGGAGAUGGUCUUUGGCCUGGAAGUGAAGGAAAUAGAUCCUGUCAACCACUGCUAUGCUCUCUUUAUCAAACUAGGUCUCACCUAUGAUGGGAUGCAUAGUGAUCAGUAUAGCUUUCCUAAGACUGGUCUCCUCAUACUCAUCCUAGGGAUAGUCUUCAUGAAAGGCAAUCGUGCCACUGAAGAGGAGAUUUGGGAAGUGUUGAAUCCAAUGGGAAUCUAUGCUGGGAUGAAUCAUUUCAUUUUUGGUGACCCUAGGCAGCUGAUAACUGAUGAGUUUGUGAAGGAGCAAUACCUGAUGUACCAGCCGGUAGCCAAUAGUGAUCCUGUGCAGUAUGAAUAUGUGUGGGGGCCCCGAACUCAUCUUGAAACUAGUAAGAUGAAAGUGUUAGAGUUUGUGGCCAAGGUUCAUGGGACAGACCCUACUUUUUUCCCUUCUCAGUAUGAAGAGGCUCUAAUAGAAGAAGAAGAGAGAACCCUUGCCAUGAUUUUAGAGAGAGCUGGCCCUAGUUUUCUUUCUGGUGAAAAUUCUGGUGCCAUGAGUAGCAAUCAGAGAUAAAUUAAUCCUGUAUAUUUUGCAGGGAAUUUUUAGAGUUGAGGAGCAAAAUUGUAGGUCCAGGUUUGAUAUAUACAGGAGGGAGAAUAUUACCUGCAUAGUUAUAAUUUGUAUGUGUACCAUGUUAUUUUUUCUUUCACUGUUUGAUCCUUUGAUUUGAAUAGUGUUGCAAUUAAUAACAUUGUUAUUUAGUUUCAGAAAUCUCUACUUAAUGCCAUUCACAAAUUUAAAAGAGCUUUGCCAAGACAUUAAACUUACUGGAAAACAAUCUCAUCAAUUUGUAUAAUUACCGGGAGUAGUAUGACAUGUUUUUGCAAAUAUUCCAUUUUUUAAACAGUGUACUAAAUUUGUCUUUGUAAUAGUCUAUUUUGCAGUAAAAUUUCAUGGUAUAUGUGGAGUUGCUUUAUUUUAUAGUGUCCAUGAAUAAUAAAAUUCAAUAAAUUU